CGAGGAGAUGGGCAAAAGCUCGCGCUUUUGUUGCUAAGCUUGGGAGGCUGGCUUGCGCUUGCGCUUGCUCUUGCUCUCCAACCUCUUCUGCCCUGCUGAUUCCUCAAAUCCUCUGCGCAUCAUCCUGCUUUCCAGUUCUCCUUCAUUCAUAUUAUAUAUAGACGUAUUUAUAUAUACGCAUCUGAAUUGGCGUGUUUGAGUUGCAAAAGUCGAAUAAUGGAAAACCUAGCCCUAGUUUGUGCUUCUUCCCCCAAAAUUGCACUGGGGGCAAACCCUAACGAUGGGGUAUUCUUAGCGAACAACAGAUGCUCCUCGUUUGGACUUCCCCUUCUACUUCGUAAGGUUGCCACCAGAAGAACCGUCACUUUGGCUCUCUCGCAACCCCAGUCUGACCGCGGUCCAGCUCCUCCUCCUCUGCGACUCCCCAAAGCCAAUGUGCUAGAGAAGGUAGGGAGGGAAUGUUUUGCUAGUGUUACUUCUUCAAAUAGCCAGGAAACAUCUUCAGUUGGUGUUAACCCACAGCUUGCGGUGCCACCCCCAUCUUCAAAUUUUGGGUCUCCACUAUUUUGGAUUGGAGUUGGUGUGGGGCUCUCAGCACUUUUCUCGUGGGUUGCAACAAACUUAAAGAAAUAUGCAAUGCAACAAGCUUUCAAAACUCUGAUGGGACAGAUGGAUUCACAGAAUAAGCAAGUCAAUAAUGCUGCCUUUUCUCCUGGUUCCCCUUUUCCUUUCCCUUUUCCAACUCCCACGGCAUCAAGUCCAGCAACCUCGCCUCCUUUUCCAACUUAUCCACAGCCAGGGCCAUCUACUUCACCUUCUCCAGCUACCUCUCCAUCUGCUGUGACUGUAGAUGUACCAGUGACCAAAGUGGAGGUACCUCCUCCUACGGAUGCAGAAGAGGAACCAAAAGUGGAAGGCCCAAAGAAAUAUGCUUUUAUAGAUGUUUCUCCGGAAGAAACAUUACCGAAGAGUCCUUUUGGAGGUUUUGAGGAAACAGCUACAUUAGAAUCAUCAAAGAAUGCUGAGCUUGUGGACCAAGUUUCUCAGAAUGGAACUGCUUCUGCAUCUGAGGUUGGUGUUUCUCAAGGUUCAUCAUCAACCCGGGAAAAAAGUUCUGUUUUGUCAGUGGAAGCUUUGGAAAAAAUGAUGGAAGAUCCAACUGUGCAGAAGAUGGUUUAUCCAUAUCUACCAGAGGAGAUGAGGAAUCCUGAUACAUUUAAAUGGAUGCUGCAGAAUCCACAAUACCGUCAACAGCUAGAAGACAUGCUAAAUAAUAUGGGGGGAAGCACUGAAUGGGAUAACCAGAUGUUGGAUUCCUUAAAAAACUUUGAUCUAUCCAGUCCUGAGGUGAAGCAGCAGUUUGAUCAAAUUGGGCUUACACCUGAGGAAGUUAUUUCAAAAAUUAUGGCCAACCCUGAUGUUGCCAUGGCAUUUCAAAAUCCCAGAGUUCAAGCAGCCAUCAUGGAGUGUUCGCAGAACCCUUUGAGUAUAGCCAAAUACCAGAAUGACAAGGAGGUUAUGGAUGUUUUCAAUAAAAUUUCAGAGCUCUUCCCUGGGGUGACGGGUCCUUGAUUCUCUUUAAGAGAGCCUGAAUAUUCUCCUCCUCCUCCUCCUUGUAAUUUAGUCAGAAAAUUUUGCAAAGCCACCGUAUAAAGCAUGCUUCUCAUUCUCGUGGCCGCCACAUAUGCAUAUAUGAAGAUAAAUGUAUUAGGCUUUUGAUCCCAUCUCAUGUGUUAAACAAAGCUGUAAGAAAUGCUAGCACAGUUCUUUAAAAGGUAGGUGCUAAAUUUCUAACCCUGGGUACUUAAUUUUCAAACGUUACGAGGUUUUGGAAUUAAGUGACUUUUUACAAGUGUUUGUUCGUCAGGUAACACUUAAACUUUCUAUUCUUGUAAUUUAUUUUUUGUUGACUAUAGAAGCAUAGCUUUCAAUAGUACGUCGGUCGAGCUGUGCUGAAACCGCCAUGCAGUUCCAGAUUUACAUAUAUUUUAUUGCUGUUUUUGCCC